AUGUCUCAGAACAAGCCCAAGGUCGAUCCUACCAUGGCCGACAGCUGGAGUCCGCACAAAGAUGCCAGACUCAACCGCGAAUACACUCUUAUCGACAACGACGAUCCGGAUGAACAGGACUACGACGUGAUCCCCAACAUCAAAACUACCCUUGUCGAGAAGAACCCGAGGCGACCUCCCCACCCCCUCGACGACUACGCCAACGACCGCAGCUACAUCAGAAAGCUUGCCGAGCGUAUGGACUAUUGGGUGACAGACCCCGCUGCUCGUCUCAGGGGCGGCAAGCAACGAACACCGGGCGAACGCAGCGACGAACACCGGGCUAUCGACGAUGCAGCUUGGAUCGAUGGUGUGAAGAGCGAUAUCAGAUGUUUGUGGGAUAACAUGGGCGUUGGACAAGACUUUCUGAACGAAGAGCUACAAUGCCUCCGAGUUGCGUUUUUCCACGAGUGCAGACGAACUUUGGAGAAGGUUGAGGAAGAAGGAUUUGAUAUUAUGAAAGAAAUGGCCACCGACAAGCGAGUUCUCCGUAACCGCUACAACUUCUCCCUGGACGAACAAAGGGAGAUCAACAGACGUUCUGCUCAAAUGAUCGGUCAGUUGUCCAGAUGGGAGCACUUCGUGCUCCGUAAGCGCCUACUGUCCGGGAUGCCUCAAGAGCAGAGGAUGAACUACGCCCGAACUGACCUGGAUGUUGUUCGUCGGUAUUUCAACAACCGGGUUAUGAAGUCAUUCGCUGAGGGGAAGGAGCUGAUGGAACCAGAGCUGAUCGAAUUUCUGACAGAAGAACAGGAGCGCAGUAGAAAGCAAGUGUUGGAGGAGCUGGGAUGCCAGCAGAAGCAGCUAGAAAAGCAGGUGGAGUCCCUUCGAGAAGAGCUGGAGCGUCAAAAGUAG